AAGCAUAAUAGCAGAACAUCCUGAACAAAACAAAUUUAUAGCCCCGUGAGAAAAUGGCAGCGUUAUUUGAGAGCGAUGGUGACAACGUGGUUGAUAUUUUUUAUGCUACCUAUUCUGGUAUCAUGCGCUGGGGAUGGCAAUAUACACUUAAUGGAAGAAGAUGUUGCUGCAGCAAUAAAUAGUUGCAAUCACAUCCACGAUAAAGAAUAUUCCAAAGACAGCGGGAAACGACAGAGGCGAUUUGACGUAGAUAGUUACAACUACCAGAUACCGCGCAUAGACGCUAAUACAAAGGAAGAUAUAAACCCUUACGUUCAUACACGACGGAACACUAAUACUUUGGCCCAGAUGCACGUUUCAAACGGUUCGGAUUACGAUUAUACGGGAUAUGGAGCUGGAAAUGAAGAAGAGAAAUUUGUUAAUUAUAUUCCACGUCCAGUUAAACAAAAUAAAUAUAAAAUUAAUGGUAACCAUAGCAACACACAAAACGAUCGAAUAAAGAGGAACGAAAUGCUAAUAAAUAAAAACGACAAUGAUCAGUGCCUCAGCCAAUGUGUUUUUGCCAAUUUGCAAAUGGUAGAUUCAAAGGGUAUCCCCCGUGAAGCGGAAAUGUGGAACAAAGUACAAAGUUCAGUGACUUCUCAACAGUCACGUGCAAUACUACAGAAUCAAAUUCGAGCUUGUUUUCAAGAAUUACAAUCUGAGUCCGAAGACAAUGGAUGUUCUUAUUCUAACAAACUAGAACGCUGUCUGAUGCUUCGAUUUGCCGAAAGGAAAGUAAAUGCGACCCAAAAUCAGCAAUCGGCAACGAACUCAAGGUUUAAUAGGAAAUGAAUUAUUAUAGAAGAACUAUAUCAAACAUUAAUCUAAACGAACUGUACUUCGCUGUAUUGAUUCUAUUGAUAUUUCUAAACUUUGGUCUUCAAGAAACAUUUAGAUACCUAUCGUAAUUAUUAUAAAUGUUUGUAGAAAUCACGGAUUCCACUUGCAGUUAUAAGUUAUAAGAAAGAUAUUUAUGUGCAUAAGAAUGUUUUAAUUAUUAGAAUAGAUUGUAUAGAAGCAAAACAGAAUAAAGUCUGUAAUUAAAUA